UAGUAGAAUCAGAUAAUCAAAAGUUGCAAGAGAAACUUCUUUCAUUAGUAACUCUAGUAUUAACUAUUUUUAAUAAUGAAAUAAUGAGUAAAAACUCAAUAUUAACAGAAAAAAAGUUAAAAAAUUACCAA